GUACAGCUUAGGUUAGGGUCAAACCGAGAGAUGGGGCAACUAUUAUAAUUGAAAGUUGCUCAAACGUCAGCUAAAGAAUUAUUUAACAACUUUUUGUGAUAAUAACAUUAUACAAAAUUGUUUUUACGCUUUAUUUCUGCAUCAAAUAAUAUCGAAUAUGAAAUUGUGCCUUGAUAGAAAAUAAACGUAAUAAUUUUAUCGGUAAAGUUGCAUGCAAAUUUCUUUUGUCAAAAGUGUUGUAAACGCGAUGUUAAUUGCGUCAGUGUUAUAUUUUUGCAUCAAUUGUCAUAACAUGACAAAGGUGUACGUAUAUUGGAUGCCUAUAGAGGACAAUGGGAAAUCGAUAUGGCUUGGAUAUGGUACGUGUCACUUGUACGUCUGAAAGCGUUUGUUCACGUAGUCAAUGCGUGAUUGAGUGAUGAGUGCAGCACGUCGAAUUCUGAAGAAUUGCAUUCGGCAGAAUUGGAAGCGGAGGUCAGGCAUUACGCCAGCAUUGCGAAAUGUCGGGACUAGGGAUCUCAUGAUCUUGACUAGGAACAACGACCUGCCAGCCUCACUCGUAUCUCUACCGCGAACGAGAGAGAGAGAGAGAGAGAGAGAGAGAGAGAGAGAGAGAGAGAGAGAGAGAGAGAGAACAUCGAUUAACUUUGCAAUUGACAUUAGGUUUCUCGAUAACGUGGCUUUGAAUUAUCGCCUCAGAUUAACUUCCCCUUUACUACAAUCGCGUCACGAUGUUAACUCCAUCUUUCUAACAUGAAACGAGAAGAACCAUCAGACGUACAUACGUACGUACAUUUACAUUUACAGGCAGAAGGAACAUUGUUUCAUCAGCUUAACAUCAGAUACAAGCGUCAGAAUGGAAGAAUAAGCUAUCAUUCAUCACUUUGUUUCAUAACGUGCGACAUCCUUGACUGUAACACAGAGGGUAAUUAACAAAAGUAUGACUCCGCAUUAUCAUACGAUCUGCGACAAAACAAGAGCAAAUGAAUGAGGAGGCCAACCUUUCGACGUGCUCACGCCUCGGUGAUCUCGGUGAAUUAAAACGAUAGCCGGUAUCGCGUGAACACAUCAAAUUUAAUUAAGCCCAGUCACGUUAACAUUUCGCUACUGCCAGAACUACGCCGAUUAUUCUUUCGCUUAAUAGAUUUAUGCUGGAAUUAUAGCCGCGAGUUCCGUGUAUUUUUUGGCGCUUAUACUCCCCUGAAAUUAUGUGAGAAUGACUUUGGCAAACGGCCAACGUUCCACGGACUGUGCGGAGACAACAUGUACGGAGCAACGAACUUUAGGAAGCGUCUCACCUCGGACAAGAUUCUUUCCUGUUCGCCCUGAUUUUUGAUCGUGAAUCUCAUUGGCAGAGCGUGAUUCCACCUUUUCCUCUCGUUCACUUAAAAUACAUUCUCUAGAUUACAAAGAGGCAGUCACGAAGGUUGUUUUCGAUAAGAAACCAAGGAUUUCGUCUAAUCACCGGUUAUUAGGAGCAUUGUUCCUUCAACGGAAGCGAGAAACCUCCUCGGGGGUCGUAAUAAUAAUACUCCCGGCGAACACGUUACGAAUGUGCGAAGAGAGAUAAAGAGAGUAUUCUCGGGCAGUGUGCUCGGAAACAUUCUUAACAUCGCACGCGAGCAGUUGUGGCCACGAGUAUCCAGUUAAUUCCAACGCAAGUGGUUGCUUUCGUGCCAUCAACGGCGUAACUUGCAUUGUUAAGACAAAAUGAAAUUACUCGUGUGCGAACAUCAUCGAGUGCCAACAACGUUAAAACGUCUCAGCGGAAUGAUCAUAAGGGUAGUUGCAGUCGAGGAGGAGUUCAUAUGGAAUGGCAUCGCGUGGACCGUCGACGACGACGCUGCCAAUCGCGAUAGCGAUGGCCGUCGCGAUGUCAGUGAUGGCGAACGGUCUUUGCCCGACGCAGUGCCGCUGCGACGACGAGAGCCUGUACGCGUCGUGCGCUUACGCGGGCCUCGAGGUCGUCCCGAUCCAGUUGAACCCGGAGAUCAGACACUUGGACCUGUCCAACAACCGCGUCGGCAGCAUUCACCUGACGUUCGGUUUCUACGGUAACCUGGAGAUCCUCGAUCUCACGUCGAACGCGAUACACACGCUCGGCUCGGACAACUUCGUCUUCCAAAAGAACCUGGUCACGUUGAACGUGAGCGGGAACGCGGUGAAAGCGCUGGCCAAGAACUCGCUGCAGGGCCUCGACUCGUUGAGAGAGCUGAACCUGGCCAGCAACAACAUCUCCGACAUGGACGAGCAAGCGUUCAAAGCCACCAGCGAGCUGGAGGUGUUGAAUCUCAGCGAUAACUCCAUCACCAGCCUGCCGGAAGGUUUGCUCAAGUAUCUGCACAAAAUACGCACGUUGAUCUUGAACGGUAACUUUCUGCUCGAGAUACCCACCGAGAAUUUGGCACUGGCACCGAGCCUGGAGAACGUCGACCUGUCCGACAAUCUGAUCCAGGAGCUGGACAGAGACUCGUUGCCGUCGUUGCCCUCGUUGGUCUCGUUGAACCUGGCCAACAACGUCAUCAGGAACAUCGCCGACGACGCGUUCGACCGACUGCCAGACUUGCUGCACUUGGACCUGUCCGGGAACAACCUGACGUCGGUACCAACGUCCGCUCUCGCCAGAUUGAACGUCCUGUCGAGCUUAAUUCUCAGCCGUAAUCCGCUUGGCGCGCUGGAUGCCGGCGGAUUCCGCGACCUGUUCGAGCUGAGGAGCCUGGAGUUGAACGACUGCACGAUCGUUAGCGUGCACGCGCGAGCAUUCGCCGACAACGUGAACCUCGAGCGGAUCUCGUUGGAUGGUAAUCGAGGCUUGAAGGAACUGCCGGCGAGGGUCCUCUACGGCGCCAGAUAUCUGAAAUGGGUCUCGCUGCGCCGAUGCAGUCUGUCGACCCUGCAGCCCACGCAAUUCCCGGUGGACGGGCUGUCGUCUCUCCGCGUCGGCGGCAAUCCGCUGGUCUGCAACUGCUCGGUGCACUGGCUGUGGAACGUUAUCAGGGCGGAAGAGCGUCGGAACGACUCGAGGCUCGAGCUGGAUACCCACGAUAUCAUCUGCACCGACGAGGAAUUCGCCGGGAAGGCCCUAAUCGCUCUAACGGAGGGUUCGCUGCGAUGUCGGCUGAGCCCUCUCUAUCUGUCGUUGUCAGCGGCCGGUUGUCUAGCCGCAACGGCGACCAUACUGGCGCUGAUAGCGCAUCUGACGCGGUCCAAGAGGAAGAAACGUCUGGCGUACGCGGCGCCCAAUCGGCCGGAAUUCCUCGUCUACGUCGGCAGGAACAACGACGAGCUGGACAAGAACGGAGCGGAAUCGUACAGCAGGCGUCUGCUGACUCGGAACGAGGACACGCCGUACGACACGCCGCGCGCCAAGCCAGGACAGAGGAGCCCCCCCAAUACCGUGCAGUCGCAGGACGCCAACAUCUACGAGACGCCUAGGUACGCGAGACCGGCGAGCAAUCGUCGGGAAACCGGCGGCAAUCCGACGUUUGCGAGGCAGCAGGAAGAGGGUGUGUACGCGGUGGCUGACGUGACCGAUCUUCGCGACGAGCCACCGGAAGUGUUGUCGCUCUAUCGGAUGCAGAGCCCCGCCACUCCCAGAUCGAACGUUCAACGGCUGGAUUACGGUUACGACUACGAGUACGAUUACGAUUACGAGUCACCGAUUCCGCAGAAACCUCACGUGGUGUUCGUUUGAGGGAACUCGGCUAGCUACCGCUCGGCGGUCGAAAUGCGCUGGUGAACACGGAGGCUAACGAUUUUUCGGAAAUCCUGAAAGAGAAAGAUUGAGAGAGAGAGAGAGAGAGAGAGAGAGAGAGAGACUGUACCCUGACUUUUCGUUCGAGGAGGGAAGACACUCGCCGAGAUCCCACGGAGAAGAUUCAUAGGGGAAAUGGAUUACCCAGUGACGCGUGCUAGCUUCGGCUUACACUUUGGUCACGUUCGGGGGGGGGUUGCGAAAGAAAUUCCAGCGGCGACAGUCUCGCUAUCGCGAGAUGAAAAGGAACAGAAAGAGAGAGAGAGAGAAAGGGAGAGAGAAGCCUUAACAGGGGAGGAUCUGUUCUAACUGAUUGGCCAAGAUCAAUCGUGAUACGGUAAUCCUUCCUUUCAGCGAAAGUAUCGAUCCGACGGUCGACCGUGUACAGACAUACACACUUUCUCUCUCUUUCUCUGUUCAAUAAAUUCUUUCCGUUCGACGAUAUCCAACGUGGAACCACCGUAGAGUCCCAUCGCGGAGGAUAGUUGUCCCCCUGUUUCUUCACGAUGGCGGGGGGAGGAGGGGCGAGGGAGGGGGCAGAAAGGCCAGACUGGUGGACGAGGUGAAAAUGAAAUGUCUUCCGAGAAGAUAGUCGCGUCGCUGGAGAACAGCAGAAUGCAUUUUCGCUGGGGGAAACGCAAUCUGACUCGGAAUGUAAAUUGUACGGCGCAUAAAUGUGGCCACCGUUGUGUUACACACAAGGGCCACGGGUUAGCAGGGACCGGGCUACGGGAACGUAUUUAUUUUCACGGAUUG